AUGGGUUUGAAUUUGGGCUUGGGCUUAGGAGUGGGCGUGGCUGGCGUUGGGGUUGGGGGUGGCGGUGGAGUGGGAGUUGCGGGGGAGUCGCCGCAGACAUGUCUGCCAUAUUUUGGCAUGGAAAUGGAAAUGCCGUCAACAACAACCGUCUCCGCCAAAGCACACAAAUUGCUGCCCGAAUUUCUGAUACCGUUGCAUGAAAUCAUGUUUCAACAUCAUUAUCAACAGCAACGACAACAAGUUGUGGCAGCAACAACAACAGCAGGAAGCACAAUGGGCACAUUAAUUAAUAGUCUGCCUGGACUCGGAAGAGAGACAUUCAACAGUGCUCCCAUUGCUACCAUUGCCACCAAUUGCUAUGCCACAAAGUCAUUAACCCCGCAGCAGCAGCAGCAGCAACAGCAGCAGCAACAACACUCUGCCACACGUCCUCGCCACAACGGCGAACAUUUGUUCGUGCGUCAUUUUCACGAACGGGAUCGUCUCAUACGCGAACAUCAACUGCAACAGCAACUACUCCGCGACCAGGAUGAGGAACAGCAACUGGAGCUGGAGCUGGAGGUGGAGCUGGAAUUGGAGUCGGAGCAACAACAGCAGCAGCAGCAAAAGCAGCAGCAGCAGUUGGAGUCGACUGGCCAUCAUAAUCAUCAUUGGCAUGGUGUCGUCUAUGACGGCAAUGGCAAUGCCAUGACAGCCAAGCACAACAGCAACAACAACUCCAAAACGGCUAGCUGGUAG